AUGAACAUGUCCAUCCGUCGCUUUGCACUCGCCGCAGGCCUUCUGCUCGGCCAAGUUUCAGCCAGCACCCCUGCAGCCAGCUCUCCACCAGCCAGUAGCCAAGUUCAUGUGCCCAUACCAACUUGCCGAACGGAGCUAGGACUUAGCUCGGUGAAGUCGGUACCUACUACAACUAUUACCCGUACUAUCCAUGAGCAUACCCCCGUCGUUGUCCUCACAACAAUUCUGGAAACCGUCACAGUCACCCCUGCUGUGUCGACCGAGAUAGUGACGGGCUAUGAAACCACUAUCAUCACCUCCACAGCUGAUGCAAUUACUGAUACUUUCUCAACAACCUCAACUGAGUUUGACACUGCAACAUUGACUUUGACUCCUGCUCCUAUCACCACAACCGUGGCUGAAGUCCUCUCGACUACCUCCACCAGCACAUCCACCAUUGCCACCUCUGCAGGCUUCACUCCGAUUGUAGACACUCUACCUCCUGCUGUUACUUUCAAGCGCGCAUUCGAAGAAGAUGACGGUUGCGCUCCUUGGGUAGAUGAUUACAAGUAUCCUCAAGCGGUCGUGUGCCAUGAGAAGAUCAUCAUCAAGACAACAACUGUCUCCACUGUCACCGGAGAACCCACCACUUCCACCGCUGCAACUCCUACCACCACAGUGACCGUCACCAACACCAUCACCAGCAGCUCAGUGAUUCUUCCCUCGGAUGUCUCCACCACACUGAGCUUCAGCACUACCUCAACCAUCACCGAGACAACAUUUGCCGUUGGUGAAACAAGCACCGUCACCUCCACUAGCACUGUUCUAGCUGGCACAACUACCACAUCCUUCUACGCAGCCUGCGCCACAAACAACCUCGCUGGAAGUCCUCUCUCUUCGGAUUUCGGCGCGGCAGCCGGCACAUACAUCAAUGCGGUUGAGCUCACCCACGUUGCCGGUCAAAAGAUGACGGUUGGUAACACCCAAUCUGCAUAUGAGUGUUGUGCCAGCUGCAUGGCAAGUCCCACUUGUGUCUUUUCCUACUACUGGGCGUCCUCGCCCACCGUCAAAUACUGCUAUCUCUUUGCCGGAAACACGUGCUCAGUUGUUAAUAACUAUGGCAUCGCUUACCUGCAGACCAGGGCGCAGAACGGUAUGCAACUUUCCAAUGGAAACUGUGGACGUGUGACGAGUAAAUUUGACUAG